AUGGUGGCAGAAUCAGAAGUGACAACAGCCAGUGUCAGUAGUGAUGAUAGUAUUAGCAGGCAUAAUAGCAAGAGAGGUGUCAAAGGUGACGCCAGUUCCAGUACCGACCCCAGCAUGAGAGGUGUCAAAGGUGGUGCCAGUACCGACCACAGCAUGAAAGGUGUCAAAGGUGGUGCCAGAAGCGAUCACAGCAUGAGAGGUGUCAAAGGUGGUACCAGAAGCGACCCCAGCAUGAGAGGUGUCAAAGGUGGUGCCAGAAGCGAUCACAGCAUGAGAGGUGUCAAAGGUGGUACCAGAAGCGACCCCAGCAUGAGAGGUGUCAAAGGUGGUGCCAGAAGCGAUCACAGCAUGAGAGGUGUCAAAGGUGGUACCAGAAGCGACCCCAGCAUGAGAGGUGUCAAAGGUGACGCCAGUUCCAGUACCGACCCCAGCAAGAGAGGUGUCAAAGGUGGUGCCAGUACCGACCCCAGCAAGAGAGGUGUCAAAGGUGGUGCCAGUACCGACCCCAGCAAGAGAGGUGUCAAAGGUGGUGCCAGUAGCGACCCCAGCAUGAGAGGUGUCAAAGGUGGUGCCAGUAGCGACCCCAGCAUGAGAGGUGUCAAAGGUGGUGCCAGUAGCGACCCCAGCAUGAGAGGUGUCAAAGGUGACGCCAGUUCCAGUAGCGACCCCAGCAUGAGAGGUGUCAAAGGUGGUGCCAGUAGCGACCCCAGCAUGAGAGGUGUCAAAGGUGGUGCCAGUAGCGACCCCAGCAUGAGAGGUGUCAAAGGUGACGCCAGUUCCAGUACCGACCCCAGCAAGAGAGGUGUCAAAGGUGGUGCCAGUACCGACCCCAGCAAGAGAGGUGUCAAAGGUGGUGCCAGAAGCGACCACAGCAUGAGAGGUGUCAAAGGUGGUGCCAGUAGCGACCCCAGCAUGAGAGGUGUCAAAGGUGGUGCCAGUAGCGACCCCAGCAUGAGAGGUGUCAAAGGUGGUGCCAGUAGCGACCCCAGCAUGAGAGGUGUCAAAGGUGACGCCAGUUCCAGUAGCGACCCCAGCAUGAGAGGUGUCAAAGGUGGUGCCAGUAGCGACCCCAGCAUGAGAGGUGUCAAAGGUGGUGCCAGUAGCAACCCCAGCAUGAGAGGUGUCAAAGGUGACGCCAGUUCCGACCCCAGCAUGAGAGGUGUCAAAGGUGGUGCCAGUAGCGACCCCAGCAUGAGAGGUGUCAAAGGUGGUGCCAGUAGCGACCCCAGCAUGAGAGGUGUCAAAGGUGGUGCCAGAAGCGACCCCAGCAUGAGAGGUGUCAAAGGUGGUGCCAGUAGCGACCCCAGCAUGAGAGGUGUCAAAGGUGGUGCCAGAAGCGACCCCAGCAUGAGAGGUGUCAAAGGUGGUGCCAGAAGCGACCCCAGCAUGAGAGGUGUCAAAGGUGGUGCCAGUAGCGACCCCAGCAUGAGAGGUGUCAAAGGUGGUGCCAGAAGCGACCCCAGCAUGAGAGGUGUCAAAGGUGGUGCCAGUAGCGACCCCAGCAUGGGGUGUAUCACAGGAAGUGGCAAACAACAGCAUAUAAACAAGGGAUCUUUGUCAGUUUCCAAACUUUAA